AUGGGACCUGAAAAAGAAAAAGAACAAGAAAUAGUUGGAUCCUUCAAUUCCAUGAAUAUCAACCCGUUACCAGCUAUGAACACCAAAGAGAUUAAUACAAGUGCCUUAAAGGAAUCCGCGAAAACCCAACAGUCAAGUUCUUCAAAUACACCUCAAAACUCAAAACAAAGCUUUACAACACCUGCAACAUAUGAUUCCUCGCGAAUCGCAGAGUAUAUAUUGAAUGCUCUACCUGAGACACCAGGAGAAGAUGACCUUUUUGAAAGUUUUCUUAAAAAUCGAGGGCAAAUGGCAGCUUGCAAUGGCGAAGAGCGGCCGUCAGAUUUCGGAAUUAUAGAAUCAAAUUCCACGUCGCAUCUAAUGAAGAAUGGUGGAGGUCAAUCGCUGAACAAUAAAUACAUUCCGCAAAAACGAAGUAAAACACCUUUAGGUUAUUCCGGUGCAUCUGAUCCUGUAAUCAUUUCUGACGAAGACGAAGAGAGAGAUGUGAGGAGGGUAUCGAAAAGUAUGAAAUACAGUAGUAAUGGUAAUUCAAGCUUAAACGAGGAGGAGGAGUCAUAUGAUGGAUCCCUAGAUCAUGUAUGGAUUACAGAGAAAGAGAGAAUG